GGGCGCUGUUUUUGUGCCGCGGUGACGUGCACCAGCGGUGUAAUUCCCGCCUGCCCGCCCGGGGGCGCUGUUCGCGUGGCUGCACGUGGACACACCUACUGCACACGCUCGGGUCGGCACAACUGCCAGCGGAACCCGCCAGGCAACGCGCACUCCCAACACACAAGUACCAAACCACGUCCUGUUGCGAUCCGGAUCCACCCAAAAUCCGCGCAACGUAAUCCUGGAUCUAAGACACCUGGAGACAUUCCCGGAUCUUAAGAAGCCGACAGUACUUCAGGACAGAAAGACCCAAAAUUGUUCCCUGUCCGCUCUUAAACUUCCCCACCCCUCGGGUAAACAGCACCGUUCCCAGACUGCACCGGGACCCCUACCCUGGGUAAACAGCACCGUUCCCAGACUGCACCGGGACCCCCACCCGCGGGUAAGACACUAUGACGGGCCCCGCCUUCAUCUUUGCUGUGCUGCUCUCCGUACAGACUGUCCAGGCCUUCCCGAUUACAGAAAUCCACAGAACGCACAGGGAGCAGUUGGUGGUGAGAGUGGAGCGACUUUUCCAGCUGGAAGACCGGGUGUACAGAAGACGGAGUGAGAAACACGUCAGAGAAGAGGAGGGAAACAGACGGCACCAUUUAGAGAGGCGGGACUCCAGCCAUUUCACAGAAUGCCCAGCGUUUUACGAGGGGUACUGCCUGAACGGCGGAAGUUGCAGAUACGCGAUGGGAACAGCCUCCUGCUCGUGCCCUUUGACCCAGUUCGGCUCUCGGUGCCAGAACUCGCAACCGAUAGAGGAGGACGUGUUCAGUGACCUGAGGCGGCUGCUGGACAGCUGGGGUCAAUCAGAAACAUUCUACAGGCGCAAGAAGUGGAGACGGCCAUGA